UGAUGAAUUGUGUAGUGAACUGACUUUGUAGUUUUUUUACAACGUUGACGGGUAUAUUUUUGAAGGAAGUGUUUCUGUAGUAAAUUCUCACAUAAACUAUCUUCAGUUUACACUUGGCCAAGAAUGACUGAAGUUCCUAGCUAGUCAACUAUCCUUGGACGUCACCAUGUUGAUUUCCACCACCAACACUUCCACUGCCAACACCAACAACUCCUCCUCCACGACGGGUAAGUGCAGCGACUUCUCGGUCUCCAGUUUGUGCCGCGACCUCAGGACCUCCCCUGAGGCCAAGGAGGAGAACACCCCCGCCGUCAUCGUCGGAGGUACAGGAACCAACUGGAAGCUGGACAUUCCCGCUCACCCUCCGGGACUCAACCCUGCACUGCCUGCCACUCCGCCUCAGACACCUGGUGGGACGCUCAGAGAACUAUACGCUCUAGCAGCCAGCCAGCAACCUCUAGCUUCACUGGUAUCUCAGCAGCAGCAGCGACUGCUGGAACUCAGCAGAUUCAGACAUUAUGAUCUUCUCAGCCAUCAGCAAGGCGCUGUUACCAAGCUGCUAGGCACACUUCGCCCCCCGGGUCUGAUCGGAGGCAGCAAGCCCAAGGUAGCCACACCCGCCGUAGUGUCCAAGAUAGAGCAGUACAAGAGGGAGAAUCCAACCAUCUUCGCCUGGGAGAUACGCGAGAGACUUAUCUCAGAAGGAGUGUGCACCAAUGCCACAGCACCCUCCGUCAGCAGUAUCAACCGCAUACUGCGGAACAGGGCGGCCGAGAGGGCGGCGGCGGAGUUCGCGAGGGCGGCAGGCUACGGGCUGUACCACCCUCCAGCCGCCCACCCUUACGCCUCCUUCCCCUGGCCACCUCCAGGGCUGUGGUCCGCCCCUACGCCGCCUCCACAACAACUCAGGGCACCGGGCAGUCCGGGCGACCUCAUGCCUCGCCUCAUCGACCUUGACGCCAAAGACGACGAGAGUGCGAGCAGCGCGGAUGGCUCAGAGCAGCCAAAGUUCCGGAGGAAUCGCACAACCUUCUCCCCUGACCAGCUGGACGAACUGGAGAAAGAGUUUGACAAGAGUCACUACCCUUGUGUGUCGACGAGAGAGCGACUAGCUGCCAAGACCAGCCUCAGCGAGGCCAGAGUCCAGGUGUGGUUUUCCAACAGACGAGCCAAGUGGAGGCGCCACCAGAGGAUGAACCUGCUCAAAUCUAGGAGAGCGGGAGCCACCAGCGCCACCAGUCAGGGACGUCAGGGCGCCACCACCUCGGAGACACCUCUGACCCCACCAUGGGCGCCCCGUCACAUGGGAGGCGAACACAGCGCGUUCAAAGCGUUCCCACAGACAGCAACGGAGGCUGAACGAAGAUACGCUUCUUCGGAAACGUCUGAGGAAAUCAACGUGACGACGGACGACGAAGACUCAAACCUCGGCGAGGACCGAGGGAGCGAAGAACUCAGCAAGUUAUCUCAGGCUGACGUCAGAGCAUCCAUAGAGUCCUGGCGGGAGAUGGCGGCGCUGAACGUGCUGAGGGGUGAUCCGUCCAUGUUCUCACCUCCGCCUUCGCUAGGAGAACCUCUGUAUCCUUCUCCUACACAACCCUUACCUCUCACUAAACACGACAGACUGUGACCAGGACUAACGCAUAUCGUAUGGGAUAAGUUACAUUCCUUUUAGCUGUUAGUAUAAUUUAUUA